AUGGCCUUUUGCGCACCUUGCAAUCGCGGCUUCAACGCCUACCAUAGUUACUUGCAGCACUUAAAUAAUUCGCCCCGACAUCGCCAUGAUCCGAACACUCUGCCAUUUCGGCCACCAGCUGCCGGACUGCAUUGCGUCGCAUGUGGACGUGUUUUCUUCACCAGAGUCGAGUUUGUACGGCAUGUCUAUGAUUGUACUAACCAGAUUAUGGAUUACGAGUGUGCCUGUGGUCGAAAAUUUGCCCGAGAGUCGUCAUUAGUGGCGCAUUUCGAGAAGUUGACAUGUCCGUCUUGGGUCGACCUUCGGUUCGUCGACAAUUAUUUCAGCGGCCGUUGCGACCCCGAAGGACGGUUUGUUCAUAGGGAGAGGAUCAGCCAGGAUCCUCCCAUGCCCGACUUCGACCUCGAUAGACGAGGUCUAUACUGGUGCAGGCUCUGUCACCUGCGGUUCCGAACUCCACAUGAACUGAUGUGUCAUGUGUGGAGUCCCCCUCACAAGAAUUGGGGUCUCCGGGCCUAUCAGUGCCCAUCGGACCGCUGCCAGCGGUUGGAGUUCUUUUGUUUGAGCGACCUCAUGGCCCAUCUUGAGACUGGCCAGUGUGAGGAACACCUCGGGCGGGAACUGUCCCAACGAGUCAUCGCCCUGGUGGACGUUGUAGGCUAUCUUUAA